AUGGCACCACUUCUCGCCUUGGCUUUAGUAGCCAUUGCUGCCUGCUCUUUGGAUGUCAUUCCCCAUUACAGUCACCACGGCCAUGGACACGGAAUCAGCACCAGAUUCUUCAGGAAGGCGCAAGGACAUGGUUAUGCAGGAUAUAGAUUAGGAUAUGGUGGCUAUGGUCUUGGAUAUGGAGGCUACGGUCUCGGGUACGGAGGUCUUGGAUGUGGAGGCUACGGUCUCGGGUACGGAGGUCUUGGAUAUGGAGGUUACGGUUAUGGUGAUUUGGGAUAUGCAGGAUAUUUCUAA